UUGGAGAUAGGAGCUGGAGGCAAACGGAAAAAGGUUGAGGGGAAAAUCAGUCCAGCCAAACGGAACAGCAAGUACCUGCCUGAAACUGGACGCUAGGACGGUCACAGCCAGCAGCUAGCCAUCAUUGUCGCCAGCAAAUACUCGUCUCUUAGAUUCUACAGGCAAGGCGGCAUGGCUGCGGUGUCCCAGCUCUCGCUGAUCGCCUCUCCUUGCGCUAAAUGCGCUGUGGCCGUCCGAUGCGAUGAUGCCGCCAGGUCGACUGUGUCGAUCGCGUCCUCGUUCACCCCGUCGCGAUUCGCUGGCGCCACGUCAUCUUCGUCGUAUGGCGGGAAUACGAAACUAAGCGUGGCGAUGCGCGCUGUUAAAUCGCAAGCAGUCGUCACGUGCUCGCUACCUCACGCAUGGUCAGCGCGCGCCAUCAAGACGUUUGGCAUGGCGGAGCUGGAGGCACGCAAGCUCAAGUACCCCACCACGGGGACAGAGGCGCUGCUCAUGGGCAUGCUCACUGAAGGCACCAACUAUGGAGCCCGCUUUAUGCGUGCCAACGGCAUCAAGCUGAUGGAUCUGCGGGUGAAGACGGUGGAGCUGCUGGGCAAGGCGGACAUGUACUACUUCAGUGCGGAGCACCCGCCGCUCACGGAGCCUGCUCUUGCCGCGCUGCAGUGGGCCAUCGCCAAGCACAAGGAGCUCGGUCGGUCGGGUGAGAUCUCCACAGCGCUCAUUCUGCUGGGCAUCUGGGAGCAGAGGGAGUCGGCGGGGCACAAGCUGCUGUCCCAGCUGGGAUUCAACGAUGCUCUCGCCUCACAACUCACUUCUGAUCUUGCUGCUGUCCCUGCUUAAACGUGAUCUGCAACUACAUGCAGCUGCAGCCAUAGUAGAACUCGUAGUUUGAUGAUAUGUCGGUAUGUAAGCCAUCGUCAAUUACAAACCUUGUAUCAAGUUGUAGAGAGGAAAUUGCUUUACUUUCUAUCAAAUGUUCUUUAGCGAACAUG